CAUCAAUAAUCUAGCUUCACAAUGGAUAAAGAUGGUGAAAAUAAAUCUAAACAAACAUCCUCCAAAUGUAGCAGAGAGCAUUUACAAAGAAAGCCAUUUCUCACUGAAAACCCUAAUUUCCCCAAAUGCAGGACGAGUCGAAGCAUGUCAUUUCACGGCGGCUCCAGUGGCCGCCGGCCGACAGCUUCGCCGUCAACUGGAAAAAACAGCGUUGAGGCUGGAAACUCUAGCAAGGGAAAGGAAAGGGCGAGAUUGAUGCUGAAUCCGGAGAAGAAUCACAAACCGGAAAAGUACGAUGACUUGGAACUCGAUAUCUCUCCAUGGAUUUUCAGCUCGUUGGAGAGAUACCUUCCGCGGCACUUGCUCCGUGCGCCUCGUGACCUGAAAGUUAAUUACAUGCGCGAAAUUUUGCACGAUUACGCGCCUCCAUCGUUGCGCUACAGAGAUCAAAAGCAAAGAGAAUAUAGAGAGAAGAUAAUGUCAAAUUAUCUGCCUCUGCAUAAAGAGUUGUACACUAUUGAUCCUGUAGCAUUCUUUGUACCGACAUUUCUGAAAGCGAUUAAUGAUAAUACAGAACAAAGCUUUAGACGCAUAAUGUCUGAACCUGCCCCAGGCAUUUUUACAUUUGAAAUGCUUCAGCCACGCUUUUGUGAGUUAUUGAUAUCUGAGUUUGAAAAUUUUGAGAAGUGGGUUAACAGAAGAACAUUUUGUGUUAUGCGUCCCAAUACAAUGAAUCAAUAUGGUGCUGUACUUGACGACUUUGGCCUUCAAACCAUGCUUAACAAGCUUAUGGAAUAUUUUAUUUGUCCGUUGUCAAAAGUGUUCUAUGCAGAAAUUGGCGGAUCAACCCUGGAUUCUCACCAUGGGUUUAUUGUUGAAUGUGGUUUACAUAGAGAUGUUGAAACAGAAUUCCAUGUGGAUGACUCAGAAGUUACCUUAAAUGUUUGCCUGGGUAGGCAAUUUACUGGAGGAGAGUUGUAUUUUCGGGGCAUGCGAUGCGAUAAACAUGUACAUACAAUAAGUCGUUCAGAGGAAUACUUUGAUUAUUCGCAUGUCCCUGGUUGUGCUGUGCUUCAUCAUGGCCGUCAUCGUCAUGGUGCUAGAGCCACAAUAUCCGGUCAUCGGAUCAACCUACUUAUGUGGUGCAGAAGUUCUUUUUUUAGAGAAAUGCAAAAGUAUAAAAGAGAUUUCUCUAGCUGGUGUGCUGAUUGCAAUCACGAGAAGGAAGAUAAGCUGCGUUCAGCAUAUGAUACUACCAGAAUGGUACUGUUGAGGAGGGAAGGUGAAACAAAUGCAUAAUUUGUUUUGUACAGCUGAUCAGUGGAAGUGAAUGAUAGAAAAAUAGUGUAGCUGUAAUCCUUUAGUCAAAACAAAGAGUCUGGGUCUCCUUAUCGAGUCUAGUCUAGGUUGUAAAAGUUUAAUCUAGAAAGGGGUGCCUUUGUUAGCUUGGAUUAACUUAUAAAUUUGUUACUACUGUUUAUCUGAUGCCUCUUAAAAGUCUCGUAUUGUAUACCUUGAGGAAUUGUGGUUUCUUCGUGUACCGUUGGAAACUUAUGACCAUGACCCAUAAAUUUAGCUUGGAGUGUCAGACAAUAAUUUUGCUAGGUUGAAAAUUUCA